AUGUCAACUCCAAAAAAAAACUCGUGCAUCGGAAUGAGAAAUGAAGAACGUGUAACGCAAGACUUCUUCAUCUGUGUCCUCCAACCCGGGGCUGUAGUCGUGAAUGAGAUUGUUGCGUGGCAUCGUCACCGCAUAUCCACACGCAUACGUGUGUUCUUUUUAUGAAUGGAAGUUUGAAAGGGACUGGUGAGUCGCCUGUAUACAAGUCCUGAUGAGAAUCCGAAAGGAUUUUUUUUCCUUCUCUCCUUCGCUUCCAACAGAAGCAACAGCGAUGAACCGUCGACACGGACGCCUCGACGCCGAUGCCUCGCACGCAAGUUUUGCUUUCGCGGAAUACUUAACCAUGUAGUCCAACCAUGUUCGAGUAUUCGCCGUUGAGAUUAACAUGAUAUUAACGUCGAUAUGUCUUAUAAUGCGACGCAAAGUAGUAAGACCGUGGAAUGGCUGCGAGCGGAGUUGGAGUCCGGAGGGAGUUCGCUGCUCCUGCUGGACUGUCGAGCACACGAGCUGUACGAGUCCUCACACAUAGAGUCCGCCAUCAACCUGGCCGUCCCGGGACUCAUGCUCAGAAGGUUUAAGAAGGGAAACAUACCCGUUCGGACUAUCAUCUCAAACCCCGAGGACAAGGAUAAAUUCGUGAGGAGGUGCAAGACGGACACCGUGAUUCUGUACGAUGAGAGCACCCGAGAGUGGCGGGAGGAGGAGAACGGAACUUCUCCCGGGUCUGUUCUGGGUCUGCUCCUGCAGAAGCUGUGGGAGGACGGCUGCCAGGCGUAUUACCUGCACGGGGGGUUUGUGAGGUUCCAGACAGAGUACCCAGAACACUGUGAGACCCUCCUGGACAGCUCCUGUCCCAGCUCCUCCCCACCACUGUCCGUCCUGGGCUUUGGAAACCUCCGCAUCAGCUCCGACUGCUCCGACGGAGAGUCGGACCGUGAACCCAGCAGCGCAACGGAAUCUGAGGAGAGUCCCAUCCCGGGAAACCAGCCCGCCUUCCCGGUCCAGAUCCUUCCCUACCUUUACCUGGGCUGUGCCAAAGACUCCACCAAUCUGGACGUGCUGGGCCAGCACAACAUCAAGUAUAUUCUGAACGUCACACCCAACCUGCCCAACAUGUUCGAACACGAGGGCCACUUUAGGUACAAGCAGAUCCCCAUCUCAGACCACUGGAGCCAGAACCUGGCCCAGUUCUUCCCAGAAGCCAUCUCCUUUAUUGACGAGGCCCGGUCGAAGCAGUGCGGCAUCCUGGUCCACUGCCUGGCGGGUAUCAGCCGUUCGGUUACCGUCACGGUGGCCUACCUGAUGCAGCGGCUCAACCUGUCGCUCAACGACGCCUACGACUUUGUCAAGCGCAAGAAGUCCAACAUCUCUCCAAACUUUAACUUCAUGGGCCAGCUGCUGGACUUUGAGCGGACGCUGGAGCGCCUGCACAGCCCCUGCGACAACUGCUCGGGCAGCUCGGAGGAGCAGCUCUUCUUCACCACGCCCACCAAUCACAACGUCUUCCAGUUGGACACGCUCGAGUCCUAAUGAGGGAGCAGUUGCUCCCUGUUUGUGGUCGGCCGUUUUUGGGGGGUUUCGGAGGAGCCCAGAGUAGCAUAGACUCCCUGUUGCGGAGGCUACACUGACGGUAGCUCAAAGCUACGCCGUUCCUGAUCAGCAUUGACCGUGCUAACGUCAGCUCUAUUCUCCGAUGCCUUAAGGACUCGUGACAUAGGGAUGUGUGUGUGUGUGUGUGUGUGUGUGUGUGGAAGGGGGGAACUUGAGUGUGUCGAUGUAUGUGGUGUGGGGUGCAUGUGUAGUCGUGUGCGGUAUUUACAGCGGGUGUGGGUGUGUCGUAAACGCUGGACAUUUCAUGACUGCUCUGUUAACUCCGUCGACGUGAGGAACGACUGUUCUGUGCUCAUGACCAGCUGUAAACUCGAUGACCUUUAUUGAUCUGGAUCGCUCAGGGUUAUCGCCUGAUCGACAGAUCCAGAGAAGAUCAGGAUGGAGGGUUUUUGAUUGUAGAAAUCCUUUUUUUUUUCUGUGUUAUAUAUCAUAAUUUGGCUCAAUUUUCGACACCUCAUUCUACAGCGGCCCUCUGCAAAAAAACAUCCAAGGGGAAAUAUUGUUGAGCAAAGCUUCAGUUAUUUUAUAUCUCCGUAACAGCAUUGUUAUAAUGCAUGUUUUUGUUCUAAAUCAAGAAUUCACUGUUUUAGGUUCCUUUAGCUCAUAUUACCUGUUGUUCCUGUUGCCUUCAACUUAACAUGAAAGUUGAUUCAAGGUAAUUUACCAAGUAUUUAAGGUAUAGUAAAUAGGAUUGUGUAAAGUGAGUGAACAUGAAGGCUAUACUUUUGUUUUAUUUUUGCAGUUUUCAGACUACAGCUAUUGGCAUAUUUACAGUAUGGUAAAGGGGAACAUGGCGUAUAAUUAGCCGUUCUCGGUCAUCUUUUCUAAGUGGCGGUGAGUAUCUGAGUGGGUGUUGUUGUAUGAGAGAGAGAGAGAGAGAGAGAGAGAGAGAGAGAGAGAGAGAGAGAGAGAGGGAAGGAAAUGAGUCCUGCUAAUGUGUUCUUACCUCGCAGAGACAUUUUCAGGGAUUUAAAAAAUAAACACAAGGUGUCUGUAUCUCAUCCCAGCUCUUAAGCCGCAUUCACAGGGCUGUUUUAGUUCAGUAUGUUUGUUUGUAAAGAUGUAUAUAAAAUAUGAUUACAACGGGAGGGGGGAGACAAUUUCAGAAAAAUCAUUGAAGGAAAUGAAAAUGACCCCCCAGAACAUUAUGUAUAGUAAAUGUAAAGAUCAAUGUCCAAGACAUUGUGUACAAUUUUUACAGCAAAUAUAUUGUAUAUUUUUACUUGAAUAUGAUGCGUCUUCCAUUUGUGUCCAAUGUGAAGGUAGACCGUACCUAAGAAGAUGCAACAUGAACACAUAAUCACUCAAACAACAUGUGAACACAAAUACUCACAAUCACUCACACCACAUAUGUGUACACAAAUACGUACAAUCACUCACACCACAUAUGUGUACACAAAUACAUAAAUCAAUCACACCACAUGCGUGUACAACAAUCACCUACACUACAUCCGCGUACACACAAACACACUCACCCACUCAAUUCACAUACAUGCACGUACAAACCAUUACUCACACACACAAUCACUAAAACCACAUGCACGCACGCACACACACAGAAUCCCUCACACCACAUAUGCAAUACACACAUACACACACACACAUAGUGUCAGUAGACAGCCAUGUGGUAGGGCAAGAUCGCAGUGCGGACACACCCACGAGCCGUCCGUCGAACCGUGCCCAGAAGGAAGAGGGCGUGGACACACAUAAUGUGCCCUUGUGCCACAGACACACAGACCCUGCGUGCUCCAGGCCCCCCAAGAGCAGACAGUAAUAACACAUUGAUGUCACUCCCGGAUUCCACAAAGCAGUGAUUAAGAUUAGACGCUUAACGUCCGCCACAGAGGCUACAGCUAUCGCAUUUAUUCUACCAAGAAAAACGCAAUAUCCUGUUUUGCCUGCAGAAUCCACAUCCUGCUGUGCUCUGUUUGAAAAGAGGAAAUGACAACUCUGUGGUAUCUUUACAUCUGGGCUGACAUUAGUCAAAGGGAAGGUGUCAGAUAGAGGGCCUUGCUGUGAUACUCCCUGCUGUCACCGCUUUUAUAUCUGCUCCACUAAGAGCUUUUACAUUUCCUCUGAGCGUAAUACAGGUCUCCUUAUAUAAAAUAAACACAUAAUGCCUUGACAACCCGUCACGACGAGUUCAUGGUGAAUGGAGUGAAAAUUUUGAUAGAAUAAUAGAAUAAUAAUCUAAGAUGAAAUGCUUUCAACAGGGUGAGACCUUCCUGUUGAAGGCAUUUCAUACAUAUUUGCCUGUUGAACUGUCACUCCAGUCCCGAGACGUUGGCUCUGUUAUUUAAUCUGCUCUGUGGUUUACUAUGAGACUUUCAAGGCCUCAGGAUGAAUUGGCAUUGUUCCUUCCUUGUGUCACUGGGUUUAUUUAUGUGUGUGUAUUUAUCAAUUGAUAGGUGAGAAAGGAAGUUUUAUUCCUUUUCAUAUUCUAUUAAAAGCAAAGUUUGCUAUCGGUGUAGAAAGAAAAGCAGACAUAGAAAAAGUAAAGCAGUAAUGUGUGGCACUUUGUGGUUGAAAAGCUAUUUUUCCCCUUAGGGGUAAAAUACUUAAGGGUUUAAAUACCAUUUAAGUAAAUGGAGACGGCUGAGGUUGAAGAGAGAUGGGUGGCUGUCAUGAGAGAUGGAACGUCGGCCGAUGGAAAGGUAUAUCUCUUUACCAGCCUAGCAGGCAGCAAUGCAGGAAGGGACUUGCUUAGCAACCCUUUGCAGUCCUGAUAAUAGAAGUGUAA